UCGGUGGACGUGGCUGGUGUCGCAGCAAACGGUGUCCGCCGUGUUGGAUGUAGGCCCGGUCCGGCGUCGGGUUCUGCCGCCUCCCGUCUCUCAGGCCGCAGAAUGUCGGUGGAGGAGAAGCGCGGGCCCCGGCCGCCCACCGUCAACCCCGUCAAAAACUUCUUCGCUGGUGGUUUCGGCGGGGUGUGCCUGGUGUUCGCCGGACACCCGCUGGACACCAUCAAAGUGCGGUUACAGACGCAGCCGAAGCCCCUACCUGGCCAACCUCCCAAAUUCAAAGGGACCUUUGACUGCUUCCGCAAGACCCUGGUGAGAGAGGGUGUGAGAGGGUUGUACAAGGGAAUGGCUGCCCCGAUUAUUGGUGUUACUCCAAUGUUUGCUGUCUGCUUCUUUGGCUUUGGCUUGGGCAAGAAACUGCAGCAGAAACAUCCCAACGACAUCCUCACAUAUCCACAGCUGUUUGCUGCAGGGAUGCUCUCUGGGGUUUUUACCACUGCUAUCAUGGCACCAGGAGAAAGAAUCAAGUGUCUUCUGCAGAUUCAAGCGACAACUGGAGAGACCAAGUAUGCUGGCCCAAUGGAUUGUGCAAAACAGAUCUACAGGACAUUGGGCAUUCGGGGCAUCUACAAGGGGACUGCUCUCACCCUCAUGAGAGAUGUCCCUGCAAGUGGAAUGUACUUCAUGACAUACGAGUGGCUGAAGCAUUCACUUACUCCUGAGGGACAGAGUGUGACUGAUCUCAGUGUUCCCCGAAUUCUGUUCGCUGGUGGAAUGGCUGGAAUCUUCAACUGGGCAGUUGCAAUUCCUCCAGAUGUACUGAAGUCCAGAUUUCAGACAGCUCCUGAAGGGCAGUAUCCCAAUGGAUUCCGAGAUGUUCUCCGAGAGCUGAUUAGGGAAGAAGGCAUUGGCUCCUUGUACAAAGGCUUCACAGCCGUUAUGAUUCGAGCUUUCCCUGCUAAUGCGGCCUGUUUCCUUGGCUUUGAGGUUGCCAUGAAGUUUCUCGACUGGCUUGUACCUGGUGUGUGAAAGGGAGCAAAAAUGUAUCGUUGUUGGAAUUCUGAAGUAGCAAACCAGAAAGGUGUGACCAAUCUUCAACAAGUUCAAUCAGGAAUGCGAUUUUAUCAUCUGAUAGUUAAAAUUAAAAUUUUAUAAUUUUCUCAAGGAAUAUACUUUAUAUAUGAAACGUAUACACUUGCCUUAACAAUGUUCAGCAGGUGACUGGGUUCCAAGUAAAGCCCUGGCAUCUAGCUGGUUUUGAGCCAUAACUUCUAAACAACACAUGAUACACCUGCAUGGAGGUAUUAUGAUCUCGCCACAUCAGGCAGGUGGAAAAGUGGUUCUUGGUCAUAAAUCUCAUUGCCCAGGACUUUAUUUGCACUGAUACCUAUUGUCAUUGUUAAACCUGCUUUGGGAAAUGCUGGAUGCACACUAUCAGAAAGGAAAAGUUGAUUGAUAUUUUGUCCAUUGCCAUUCAUUAACUAAAUUGUUUUGAAUGUAACUUUAGGCAUGAUGUUGACCAGGGUUUCCUUUAACAUGAUCGACCUUGCAUACAGGUUUUAGACUUCAAGGAACAUUUACAGAUUUGCACUAUGGGCAAUGCUCUGCAGCUGCACUGUUGGGUCUGAGAGGAGAGAUGGGCUUCAUCUUCUCAAGAUUCUUAAGUGAGAAUUAUUCCCAGUCUCCUGUACUACAGUUUGUUUGAGCGUAAGGAUCUGCGCUAAGUAGUCCUUCAUCAAUCUGGAACUGAACGGACCAGCCCGCUGUCCCUCAGGAGCAACACCACAGCCUGGCCUUAACAUGAACCUGCAAAUUCUAACCUUAUUGGAACCCACACAUGCAAAUUUUAUUUUAUUGAUUUUUAACUGCCUCCUUGCAUUAGGCUUAACCCUGCUGUUUUUCCAUUAUGGAUUCAAACUUGCCAUUUCCACAGCAGUCAAGGUUUUAAGUAGUAUUGGAUUAUUGCUAGAAUUUCAUGUUGGUUUAUUAAUUUGUUCAUUAUUGUGAUAUCGUCUUGGUGACUAAACAUAACUUCCGCUGAGCAUUAACAUACUUGAGGUUUGAUCUGCAUUGGGUCCAGUUGGCACAGUGGACAAUUGGAGCUUUGGCAGUGGACACUGUUCCCUGAGAUGGUUGGUUAGGUUGGGACUGUGUCGAAUACCACUGAGCCAUUGCCUGUGGAAUCAUGUGAUAUGAAAUUGCAAUUCUGGUUUUGCCACAGGGCACAGGAAGCCCUGUGCUUUCUUACAAACCCAGAAGAGUUGGCGUGUGGCUUCCAUCUACGUGAAUAUGUGCCUUAAGUGCCUGGUAACUACUGCUCAAUGACACUACCAUUUGUGGAGGGAGAUUGAGGAGAUGGGAUGAGAAAGUUGCAAUAAGACAAACUACCCAGUGCCAACACAAAAUGCCUUUCAUAGCUGUGCUGAGCAUGUAGGCUUCUCAAAACUGAGGUGCUGAUAUAUCACCUUCCACAGACAAAUUGGUACUGAAUUAUUGACUUGGUAUCAUUUGUGGACCAUUUCCCCAAGUGGUUCUGUGCUUACCUGAUACCCUCAUGGUCUAUCUAGUCAGAUGAUGAUAAAGGCAGUGAGUCACCAGCAAGCCUGAGAGAUGCAGUGUCCCAUGAUCAGCGAAGCGAAUACUGACCAGAGAUCAAGGAUCUCCACCCAUGGGCAAUGACCAGCUGGGCCGUUGAUCUGGAUUUCUGACCCUUGAGAAGGUCCUAAUUGCCUCUGCAUGAAGCAGGGGGACCGGAGAGCUGGUGGGGGGAUGUCAAGGUGAUUAUGGACAGAGCUAGAAUCAGGCGAACCUGUCCACACUAUUACUUUAUAGAAUUUGCUUUCUUUCUGGGUUAGCUUGUGAUGCUCCACUUCAUAGUUCCAAAAUCACGAUAUGGUGAAUUAAAUUAUGUUUUUAAUCAAAAAGUCGCAUUUUUUUGAGAAGCAUAGACUGUGAAGCACUUGGGGAUUUGCUGUCUGCCCCGAGAUUUAAUUCUCUGUGUUCAAAUGCAUUAGUGAAAUAAUUUGAAACUGAUACUUGAAUGUAAUUUUCAUUGAAUGACUUCAGAACUAUUUCAAUGUUUUAAUCUGUGCCUUUGUUUUAAAUAUUAGUCAUAAUUUGUGAUUAUAUCUAAAGCUGUGUCUCUGCUUUACACAGUGGAAAAUUAAUUAUAUUUUGUGGAUUGCACUUGAAUGACCAAACGAUGAAGGCUCCCUUAUUAUUCAGCAUAGAUCCAGGUGAUUAGCUUUAAUUGAAACUCGGGAUAUAACCACUGGAUGAUAGGAUGAAAGGAAAAAUAAAGAAAUCACUUGGUUUAGCCACUGUUAUUUAAGGCCACCUUCUGAACUGUAAUGAAUCUCUGGGCCAUUAUCUGGAGAUCGUGUUUUCCAUUAUGAACCAAUACUGGUUUCCAUUAGAAAUCAAUGGCCUUGGGAAUGAUCCUUCCUGUGAAGCACGUGACUUGUUUGCAUCGUCUGUUUAAAAGGAAGUGCAUGUUUUAUGUAAUUAACAAGGUAAAAUCAGGGAACCCUUCUGCCUGUGAUUCCGUUACUCCAAGGGGAAAGAUUGAUUCUGAGACACCGUCUCCAUUGUUGUCCAUGCCGAAUCAUUGUCUGGAAUUGUAGCUUUAUUCAGUCAGUUGAGGGGGAAGGAACUGCUUUGGCCCCUCUCCAUUCGCUCCAUAGUUAUGCAUCUACAUCCCCCUCAAAGUCAGGGACCCAGUGACUUAUUCAUUGGUAAUUUUAUUACAAAGUCAGCAACUGUGUGGUCCUUGAAAGUGAGUUGUGUGGUUUUCCCUGCUGGAUACAGAACCUGGUCUCUCUUCUGCUCUCAUCCUGCCAACAUCCUGUAAACUGUGUCCAGCCACCUGUUGGUGAAUAGUGAGAGUGGGCAUGAGCAGAGUCAGGUAGACGUAAAAAGCAUAGGGUUAUACUACAGUGGUCUAAGUACUGAUACCUAGCUUCCACUUUAAUGCUGAAUAUCCCAAUAGGUGACUUAUGCUGCUUAUGAAGAGGGUUCAGAUGUGUUUACAAGCUGGAGCUUAAAAGCACAAAAUUGUCCCAGUUCAAAGUUAGAUUGGCUGGCUAACCCAGGCCCCUACCCAGUGAGCACUGCACAAGUGCCGGCCUUCAAAAUAAAACAUAUUGAAGCCCCUGUCUCUCCUCUUGGAGAGACGCACAAGGUUCCAAGCAGGAGCGUUCAAUCUUCUUGGUGCCCAAGACAAUUUUAUUCCUAUAUUCGUACAACCAAAACAGAUUAGGUGCUGAUGUUUCUGGAAUGCCAGUAUGUUUCUUACAUGACAAAAGUGAAGCACUUACUCUGGGAUAUCCUACAAUUGCAAAAGGUUAUUUUGAGGUGUCAUUUAUUUCAUCUGGUAUCAACUGUAGAUUUACUUGGGUGGUGGUGAGAUUUGCCUAAUUUGUCUAAUGUCUAAUACGCUAUAACUGAAGCAGUGUGACAGUUGUACUAAUGCCCUGUGUAACAUAAUGGUUUAAGUUGCCAAGGCUACCUUUGGAUUACCUCUUGAAAUUAGGCCAGUACAUCCACAGUAUUCUUUUGUACAGAAAUAAAUUACCUCAUCUAUUACUGAAUUAAUAUGCCUCUGUUGUUUAAUAUCCUUUCACACCUCAAUAAAUCUGAUUUCAUUGUA